UUCAUUCAAUUGUCAAGUCAAAGUCAGCAAAAAAAAAUCGCUAACCUUCCUUCUCUUUGCUUGCUUUGCUUGGAAUUGGAGGAAGAGAAAAACUGAGAAUAAAUGGAAAGAUUCUAUUGUACAAUCGAAAAGUAAUACUGCUAAAAUAUAUUCAACAGAGUGUGGCCAAUGCUAGCAAUAUUAUAUUCUCAAUAAAGUUUAUUUCGGACAUUGUGCGCCGGUGAAUUUGUGAUCAUGGCGAAUCCGUCAUCAGGCGUUGUUGUUCCGCGGAACUUUCGUCUUCUAGAGGAACUUGAACAAGGCCAGAAGGGAGUGGGAGAUGGGACCAUCUCUUGGGGACUUGAAAGUGAUGAUGAUAUGACAUUGACUCACUGGACUGGAAUGAUAAUUGGCCCCCCUAGGACUCCAUAUGAAAAUAGAAUGUAUUCCCUUAAAAUUGAAUGUGGCACUCGGUACCCAGAUGAACCUCCUACUGCUAGAUUUAUUUCUAGAAUCAACAUGAACUGUGUGAACAGUCAAACUGGACUUGUGGAUAAUAGGCAAGUCCCUAUUUUGGCAAGAUGGCAGCGAGACUAUACUAUCAAGACUGUACUGCAAGAGUUACGACGUCUCAUGACAUUGAAGGAGAACAUGAAACUCUCGCAGCCACCGGAAGGAAGCUCCUUCUAGUUCCUCUAACAUGUCUCAAUAGACCCAAUCUACUCUGAUACAUGUUGCAUAUAUUUCAAUGCCAUUUUUGCAAGUGGCAAUUGGUUAUUACAAUGUAGUAUAGGUUAAUUCGACACGGCUUUGCUUUUUGUAUUUUCUUUGUUGUAUUUAUAAAUAUUAUGCAUUUAUUACUGUGUAACAUUCAAAGAGUUUUCUGGUUGAUAAGUUCAUUUCAGAAAUUUAACUUAAUUUCAGCUGUAGAUUGGGUGAAUAAUUAUGUAUUUUCUAAGAAUAAUUUUUCAAACGGCUCUUUAUUACCCACUUAGAGGGUAAUACCCAUUUAUUUACAUACUACCUAAAUUGUUGUGGCCUUUUAAAAAGUUAAACUUGCUUUUGGUAUAAUAGGCUAGUUUUACCAAUGUAUGCUUGUAUUUACCAAUGACUAUGUUUUAAAUCUAAAUCACAACAUAAUGACACAGAUUUUAAGAGUUGUUUGUAAAUAAAGGCAUAUUUGUUUUUAACAUUUCUAUAUCUACCAUGUCUGAAAUUUAAUGGUCAAGUAUCUCAUUUCUAUAUAUUUUUGAAUAUAUUGUAAACGAAAACUCCUUAAUUUUCCUUACAAUUUAACUUGAUCAAGUGUAUAAUAUUUUAGGAAAUUUUUAUUUUUAGGUACAUAAGAUAAAGUACUACUGGUUCAACAUAAAGCUUUGCAAAUAUCACAAUAUAUAUUUCUCACACAUUCUGAAUUGCAAUAACACAGUCUACUUUGUUUUAUAUUUGAGGUGAAUAUGUGUUUUGAAACUACAUACACAUUAUAAAAUUUAUCUUACAAUACAGUUUGAGUUUCCAUAUAAUACUAUGUGUGAAUUAUUGUUACAAACCAAAUGCUAAGUCAAAUUGUUUCAUAGCAUUAAUAUUUUUACCAAUGUAUAACUAGCAAAGGUAAAUAAAUCAUAUAAUACUGUCA